AGCGGUUUUCUUGCCUCAGACUACCUCGUUGACUUACCAAGCCUUGACUCUCCCCAUAUUCAACAAAUUGUUCGAUUGAAAAAAAAGAAGUGUAUUUAACAGGAUAAACAUCGGAUUGUAGUCGAAUUAGAUAUUCGUAGAGAUUGAAGACAGGAUAUGAAUCGAAAGAAUGAGCAUUUGGCUCCACGCUUCAAUUUCGACGUUUUACUCGAGUUAUUGACAUUCCUUCACUCGCGGAAUGACCUUCUGGCAUUCAUGCACACGUGCAAGACCUUGUACAAAGCCGGCCUCCCUCUCCUUCUCGGAGGUCCACAACCAGUUUUCGACUACAUCGAAUAUCUGGAUUGGUUUUGCGAUUUCAUUCUUAUGGACCCAAUUUAUCGCAUUCCUCGCCUCCGUGAGCUUCAUCUCGACAUCGGAGAGAUUGACAGCAAUUGGGAGCACGUAGUGUCCAGUCUCAUAACAAUCCUCACCAAGGCAAACAACUUAAAGAAACUCAGUCUUCUUGAUUGCGAGGAGUUUCUUGCGAAUGACGAACGGUUCCAAGCAGUCUUUUGCUCCCUUCCAAAGCUACGGGAGUUCACCAUUCGCAAGGUUGACGUGCGAAGCAUGAAAAUGUUGGAAGCCUUGACUGUCCCUCUUUCCACCUUAGAUAUCGGCUUCCUAGAGGUUGAAGAACAAGACGAAUAUGAUGAUCACAUAUUUCCCGACCCUGCUCCGUACCUCGAGUCUUUUGCCGAUAGUUUGGAGGUCCUGCGGGUGAAAAACUGGGCAUUUGAUAUGCUCGGUGCAGUCUGUCCCAGGGUGCACACUGUGCAGAUUGAUGGAUACAACCAUGUCGACAUCGAUGUGCUGCUACACUAUUUCCCCAACCUGCGAGAUCUCUCGGUUGUUUGUAACGAAGAUAAGUCGACUGACGACGACGCGCAUGCAGUGCGUAUGUCUAACAAGCUCGAGGGACGGGCAACAUGGAAGUCAUUACGCAAGCUCUCGGGUGAUGUUGGUUCCUUGUACUUGCUCGCCGCACAAUGUCAGGUCGAUCAUGUUGCAAUAACAAAGAUCGACAAUGAGAACUGCCAUAGAGUUCGCGCUAUCAUUGGAUCCGUUCGUCCGCAAAAUGUCCUGCUUGACACCUACGAGGAGGCACUACUGAACAAGUCGCCCGCUGUUAACUUGUCUCGCUGUCCGGGACUUACCGCGCUCUGUGUACGAAUUACGCACCCUCGGAUAUGCCUACAAUGAUGGACGGUAUUCGCGCUUGCGUCAGGACAUCGUCCACCGUGCAAGUGCUCUUGCUUCGUGUUCAGAAGUAUGUCCCGACUAUUGAAGAACGACAUUAUGGAUUGUCAGAUUUGGGGAUCAAUCCAGAUGACCUUGAGCUCCUGCAUGCCUACGUUAACAGCACAGAUCUCGGAGUGUUUGCUCGUCAAAUUCGUGACGAUGUAACAUCGAUGCACCACGUCCUUUUUGACUUCGUGGAUCACCCUCUCAUAGAUUUUGAGCUUUCUGGAGGAGGAGGUACUGGAGGGGUAGAUGUUAGUCCCUUAGAUAGUGACGUGGCACAAAAGUUGAUCCGUGGCACUAACUUUCUGCUAUGAAUAAGAACCGUGGAGUUUUGUUGUAAAUGUACUUAGAGUCGCAUAUUUGCAAUGAAUCUUCAACUGGGUC